UUUCUCCGGUAACCUAGUCAACAAGAAUUUAGGCAGAAGAAAGUAAACAUCUCAUGAACAUUGAAUGUAUUUUAAAUGCUUUGUGCCUCGGAAAACUUUAGACUUUUUCCACCCCUGGCCAGCAGGGGGUGCAACAAUGUGAACCUUGACGUGGCGCCUUCCCAUCCUCUUGUUCCCUCGUAAGGCUAACAGAUAAAAUGGCGUCGGAAAACGGCUCUGAAACCCAAGAUGAGAAAGCAGCUCUUAUACAGGCCAGCUCAGAAGAGGAGACGCAACGACAGGGCGGCACAGUGUUGUGUAACAAUGACUCAAAACUGACGCUGUAUCACUGGACCCAGUCCUUCAAUUCUCAGAAGGUGCGUCUGGCCAUAGCAGAGAAAGGUUUGCGCUGUGAGGAGUAUGAUGUGAGCCUUCCUCUCAGUGAACACAAUGAACCGUGGUUUAUGCGUCUGAACCCCGCGGGUGAGGUGCCGGUUCUGGUCCACGACGAUAAAGUCAUCUGUGAUCCAACACAGAUCAUGGAUUAUCUGGAGGAUAACUUUAGCUAUGAGGGAACUCCCAGGCUGGUUCCUGAGGAGAGCAGCAGGUACUAUCUCAGAGUGCAGCACUACAGGGAGCUGCUAGACUCGCUGCCCAUGGACGCAUACACGCACGGCUGUAUCCUUCAUCCUGAGAUCACUGCCGACUCCCACAUCCCUGCAUAUGCUGCUGCAUCGAUACGAACACAGAUUGGAAACACGCAGACGGAGCUGGCGAAACUGGCUGAGCAGAACCCAGAGCUUAAAGAUGCUUACAUAGCAAAACAGAGGCGUUUGAAAUCCAAGUUGUUUGACCAUGACAACAUGAAGUAUCUCAAGAAGCUCCUGGAUGAACUGGAAAGUGUGAUGGACCAGGUGGAGACAGAAUUGCAGAGGAGAGCGGAGGAAACACCUGAGGAAGGCAAACCGUCGUGGCUGUGCGGAGAUUUCUUCAGCAUUGCCGACGUCUCGCUGGCGGUCACCUUGCACCGCUUGAAGUUCCUCGGUCUCUCCCGACGCUACUGGGGCAACGGCAGCCGGGUCAACGUGGAAACGUACUACGAGCGUGUUGUGGAGCGGCCGGCCUUCCGGAGGGUGCUGGGCCACGUCAACAACAUCUUGAUCUCUGCUGUCCUUCCUGUGGCGUUCCGAGUCGCCAGAAAGAACGCUCCUGUUAUAGUCGGCACGACUCUGCUGGUCGGGGUCCUUGGGGGAGCUACGUAUCUCGCCUUUCUCUACAUGAAGAAGAGGCUCAGUCUCUUUAGUUGAAAGUUGGAUUAAACUGAUUUAAACCAUUAUUGGUCAUAUUACACAGAUCUGCUACACGUAGCUCAACUAUUCAGCACUGUUUUCUCUGUUGCCUGUUGCGCACAAAGCACUUAUAUCCAUCCUUAUUCACUGCUGAUUUAAGGUAUGUACUUGUGCUCUGAUCUUUGCUAGUUUCAGUCACAUGUAACAGAACAUUUACCGUUAAAGCUAAAAAUAUUAUAUUAAGUAGGCCAGCAUUUCGUUACAUGGAAGGAUCAUCACUUCUUGGUUUCAUAGGUUCUACAGGUCUUCCUCUGAAAUGUCUUUGACGUCACCAUGGCUGCAUAUGAAUGCUACAUUUAUGCCUGGCAACCCUUAAAGUAGAACAGUGUAUAUAUGUAAUAUUAAAUACAAUGAUGAUCAAAUACAAGUUGAUAUUGACUAGACAGGAAUGAAAAACGUUUUACGAAAAACAGCAACUCUAUGUUUAAGUGUUAAUUUUUUUUCCCUCAAAUGUGAAAACUCAAAGAUGAUCAAUCUGAUGUUUUAUUUCAAUACUGCUAUUUCAAACAUAUACAUAUGUGUACUCAAAGAUGGGCUUGUUUGAUUGAUACUGGAUUUUGCAUGGUUGGAAUUUUAAAAAGAAACUGUUCUGAAAGCCCAUAGUCUAGUUUUUGCACUUUAUUUCGCAAAGACUUAUCGUUGUUUCCUCCGCUGUAUUUCAAUUGUACAAACAGAUGGCUUCAUGCUUUCUGAAAGCUUUGUUGGUUUUUCAGUCUUCAUAUGCAGGGUGUUAGUCAAAUAUACGUGUCUGACAAAUAAACUUCCAAACAAC